AUGUCAGGCAAUAAAGAUCUAGAUAAUACUUGGAAUUAAACUGAGCAAUAAAGAAAGAAGCCUUUAGCAGCAGUAGGCGAUGGAUUGGCUUUACUUUCUCCUGAAGGAAAUAGAUAAUAUAAAGAAUUGCAGAUAUAGUCAUUUAAACAAUUUUCAUUGUGGUUUUUAGUAGGUAAUCUUACUGGAUUAACACUAUCUCAAGUUGUUUAAUAUUUGCCUAUAAAUAACAUAACAAAAAUGAAAAAACGUAAAUACUAGAGAGUUGCUUUCUUUAGUUCUAUAUUUGUACUUUCUUAUCAUGGAUACAAGCUCUCUAAAAGAGAAUUUGUUAGAGGAAAGAAAAAAAUAUUAUUAGACCCUGUCUGCAUCGUAAACGAGCCUGACAAUUGA